UCUGGGGUGACACAUUCUUCAUUUUUUUUAUCAAUCAAAUUCAACCACGUUCGUUCGACAAACACGAGGUCCGUGCCACUGCAAACAAUGGACAACGAAGUUCCUCUUCCCCCACCCCGUCGAAUCCGACACCGUUCUCCCGCCAAUGCAUCCUCCCCUGCGCUGUCGGCGAGAGUGUCGAAGCCAUACCGACUCUCUCGCUUCGACGACCGAUCCAGCCAGCCGUCCAGCGAUCCGGCCCUUUUCUCAAGCGACGAUAUUCCCGCGUCGGGGCUGGAGAAUUACAAUGCUCCCGUGUCGACUGGGGCAGGCAGGAAGAGGCGGUAUCGCGGGACUUGGUGGGGGGAGACAGUGUCGGAUCCGAAGAAGAAAAGGGUGGACUUCAAGGAGAAGCGCCUAGUCGAUAGUGGUGUGUGGAUGGGCAGUGAUGAGUCGGGCGCGGACUCGCUUCUGGCUUCUGAGGAUGGGGCUUGGGGGGAGGAUUUGUUCAAGAAUAUGCGCGGUUCGGUGGUGACGACAGGGAAGAGGUCUGAUGUGACUAUGGGAAUGCCUAAUGGUCCAUCCGGGCUGCAGCAUCAGACAAUGGGCCCGUCUCAGGGGACUCUUCGAAAGACUGGGGAACCGAGGCAGCAUGAGUUGGCUAGAGCAAUUGUCAACGAUUGUCUGGAGAAGGGGCAGGAUAGUGUUGAUUUGAGCAAUGGCAACUUGAGGACGAUUCCUUUUAACUUGUUACGGCCCCUGCAACAUCUCACCAAGCUACCUGCUAUCAAUGAACCCCCGAUCAGCGAAGACGUCUAUAGCUCAUUAGAACCAUUCCUCCGAAUCUUCCUCGCGGGCAAUUCCCUCGUAUCACUCUCUUCCGAAAUCUUUGAACUAGGAACCCUUAAAGUCCUCAGUCUGCGAAACAACAAGUUAACCUCGAUUCCCCCGGCCAUUCGGACCUUGACCAUGUUGCAGGACAUCAACGUCUCGGUUAACAGAUUAGAAUAUCUUCCGUGGGAGCUGCUAUGGUUGAUUAAAAAGGGUGACCUGAAGCAUCUGAUCGUCCGUCCUAACCCCCUUCUCCAGAUCGACGAGACGGAAAUCGCCCAAUGGCAUUCGUCAGAUGGAGUGAACGAACCAACCGAUGCUUUGAAGCUUUGCGAGUACCAAGGCCCAGCGCCUGAAGAGGCAUGGGCUCCCAUUCACGUUGCUACUAGUCCUGUCCGCCGAUUCAACAUGGAGGGCAUGCCCAUGCUAGACGGACAGCCUGGCAUGCCUUCAAACGAUAAAAAUAACGAACCAUCUCGCGUUCCGUCUUUGCGCGAGGCAUCUCUUGUCGCAUUAAGCAGAUCACCUCUUUUUGAGCAACUCCCUGAUUCCGAAAUCGCCGAAUUCCCAGAGCUAAUGUCCCGCUUAGUCCGACAAGCGAGGGAGGUCAGAAAUAUCGGUGGACGAUGCUGCUCCGUCUGUCAUCGGAGUUUCGUGAUCCCUCGUACUGAAUGGCUCGAGUGGUGGGACUGCACCACCUACGAGAAUGGACUCAAGGGGCCUCGAUCUCCAGGCGAGAAACUCCGACCUCUUCCUUUCCGGAGACUGGGCUGCAGCUUGUCGUGUGUCCCCGAGCCACCUCAGACUCAGCAGCCUAACCAGACGGUUGAGUAGUACGAGUCGGAUUUGGUUGGUAUUGGUAAUUAAACAGGUGGAAUAUUGUUCGGAGUUUGUGUUUGUCAUUAUAUGUUCGAGUCUACCUACUGUAUAUGC